AUGGACGACGAAAAAUUAAUAGAUCUAGUUGAAACUAGAAGUGAACUAUUUAAUAAGAGCAGUCCAUACUACAAGCUGCAAUCAAGGAAAGAUACUUUGUGGGCUGAAAUUGAGAGGGAGUUGAAAGCAAGUGGAGAAAUGUAUCGCCAUAGAUGGCUAACACUUCGGGACCGGUACAGGAGGGAAGUGCGAAAGGCUAACGCCCCCUCAGGCAGCGAGAAGGAGUUCCCAAUGAAGUUUCUUAAGCCACAUAUUUUACCACGACCUCAGUUGCAAUCACCAGCUGAAGAAACACAAUUGCAGCCACAAGGACAAGCGCUGGAGGUCGAAGUGCCAUCGCCGUUAUGGUCAUCUUUAAGCUCAAUCACAAUAUCGCUGCCGUCGCCAUCGCUUCCUUUCCCCGUGGCGCAAAGCGUACUAUCCCCGACUCCCUCUUCCACAUCAACCUCGCUUCCCUCACCAUCCUGCUCUAGGCAGGUGGCUAUCAAAAAGGGUAGAAAGCGAGGGUCAUCUGUAUCAACUAUUAACGAGGUUGACCAGAAAAUGAUCGAAGCCAUCGAGCUUUUUAAGAAUAAAUGCUCAUCAACACAAACAACCCAGCAAACCCAACAAAAACAAACCGCAAACCCGGCAGCAGGCGUUCAGCACUUGACAACCAUUUUAAAUAAAAUCAUCGAUUAUCUGGCAUCUCUCGUGUUCAGCUGUGAACGCGAUCCACACGGUUUGAGUGGAGCCUUAUGCGUGUUGGCACCGAGCGAGCAGGCGCGUAGAGGGACACUGGGUUCUUGGGAUGAUUGA